GGAUGAAAUAAGAUUCUGAUUUCGAACCGAAACAAAUUUAAAUUUGUUUAACAUGGGCCGAAGAAAGAACCCGACUUGUUUACAUGGGCUGAAGAAAUACGCGGAACCCCCGCGGCUUUAUAUUAUUGAUCCCUACCAUUGAGACAAAACCCUAAUCGCCUAACUCUCAGCCGAGCGGACGCCGUCGCCGACGCCAACAAUGAAGUACAAUCCCCGCGUCUCGAGCUCCCGCCGGAAGUGCCGGAAGGCGCACUUCACGGCGCCGUCCAGCGUCCGGCGUGUCCUGAUGAGCGCGCCGCUCUCGACGGAGCUCCGGAGCAAGUACAACGUCCGUUCCAUCCCGGUGCGGAAGGACGACGAGGUGAUGGUGGUCCGCGGCACGUACAAGGGGAGAGAGGGGAAGAUCGUCCAGGUCUACCGCAAAAAGUGGGUCAUCCACAUCGAGCGGAUCACCAGGGAGAAGGCUAACGGCAACACCGUCAACGUCGGAAUCCAUCCGUCGAAGGUCGUCGUCACCAAGCUGAAGCUGGACAAGGAUCGCAAAGAUCUGCUUGAUCGGAAGGCGAAGGGAAGGUCUACUGGUAAGGAGAAGGGGAAAUUUACAGUGGAGGAUGUAGCGGCAGCAGCGGGAGCUUCCUCUCUCGAUUAGGUUUUCUGAUGCUCCUUGAUUUAUGCUUUCUGUCUGUUCUUAUCAUCUGAAUCAAACAUCUGUGUUUUCUUUUUGAGCAUUUUGACAAGUUUUUUUCAACCUUUUGAUCUUGGUUUUACUUCCAGAACCGUCAAAUUCUUCUAUCUAAUGCAAUUUUAUCAUAGUCUUGUGUGAUUAUGCCUGCUUUAUUUGGUAAAAACAAGCAUAUCAUUGUUUGGGUUUCAAAAUUUGAAAGGAAAUGGAUCACAUUGGUCUUUGAAUGUUCUUAUG